AUGCCUGAAGGUGAAAGUGAUAUGUUCAAUGAUCAGGCGGUUAAAGAUCUAACUAAGAAAGUUAAAGAAUUGGAAAAAGAGAAAGCAAUAGCUGAGGAAGAACGUAAUAUGCUGAGAAGUCAAAUUGAUGAAUUGAUGGAAGCUCACGAUAAAAUAGUUGCAGCAUUGGUUGAAAAGGAGAAAAGAAUGAAUCAAAUGAAGGAUGAGGCCGAGGGUAAUUCUAAAGUGUUUGAGUCGUUAACACAAGAGAUAUCUUCUUUGAAUGCCAAGACAAAGGAUCUGGAGAAUGUGAAUCAAACGUUAAAUCAGCUUCUUAAUGAGAUGAGUGAAGCUUCGUCUAAUGAAAUGAAGGCAAUGAAAUUAGAGAUGGAGGCUAUGAAAGCUGAUAAAGUAAUGAAAGAUCAACAACUUCAGAUGCUGGUUGCUGUGGUUGAAAGUCAUUUAAAGAUAAACAUUCAUGCUGCAUUUGAUGAAAUUGAUGUGAUGAGAGCUAAUGAAAGAAGAUUGGAACGUGAACGUCAAAUGGCUGAAGAAGCAAACCUAAUGAACAAAGGAAUAGUUGAAGAGGUUGAGAUAGUUGAUGCAUCUUCAAGUCAACCAGAGGUUGGAGGUUCUUCUUCGCAACCUGAUAUUGAAAUGAUUGAAGAGGUUGAGGUUCAAGAACAAGAAAUUGUUGAAGAUGAUCAAGAGAUGGUUGAAGCUGAAGCUGAAGAGCCUCAUGAACCAGAAUACUUGAUUAUUGGUGAGCCUUCUGAGCCUAUUAUUGUUGAAAAUGUUCUUCGAAGAGUUGAGAUUAUUCAAAGGAGAAGAAGAGCAAGGGAAGUACUAUUGCUGGAGUAUACAACUGACAAAUUUGUGUUAGUUGGCAAUGCUUACCCUGUGCCAUACAAUUCGAAAGAAGUGGCAAAGUUGUUAAAGUUUCUUGAUCGAAAAAGAAAGGGAAGAAUAGCUCGUGAUGAUAAAACUGAUGAUAAGUCUGAUAAAGAUGACAAAGGCGAUGACGACAAUGAUCAAGGUGCUUUGGGAUUAUUAAUCAGUGAACCAAAUGUUCAAGAAAGAGUGGAUGAGCUGAUGAAUAAUGAAAUAAAUGAGCAGGAGGAUGAAGUUGAUCAUGAAGCAUCAUCGUCUGGAAAACAACCUGUUGAUCAGGUACUUCUUUCUAACCCUACUGUCAUUUACUUAUCUGGUAAACAACAAGGAGAGGUAGAGGUUAAAAGAACACGGGCUGAAAUGUUAGAGGAAUUGGGUUUGGAAGAUGGAAAAUUUAACGCAUCUGAUUCAGAAGAAUAUAGGGUGGAUUUUCAUUAUGAAGGUGAAGAUGUUGCAUUCCCUACUUUCACAGAGUUGUUUCAAGAAAAGAAUGAAGAUGAGUUGAGAAGAAAGAUUGAAGAAAGGGUUGUUACAGCAGAUAUUCCUGAACCAGUUCCUAGAGAGAUAACAGCUGAAGAAAGAAAACGAUGGUUCAAGAAUAUGCCAAAAGAAAGAAAGACUCUCAGGGCUCUUCAAUACUUUACUCAUAACAAAGAUCUUUCUUAG